ACCACACUUACACCCCACCGUCCACCAUUCUGUUGAAAAGUGUACAUACCCCUUAUUCAGUUGAAGGCAAUCUCAAAACUGACCCCGUCUACUACUCUUCAAUCUCCUCGCAUCUCGGAGUCUUUCCUACCCCCAACUGACACUGAUAUCGUCCAUCAACCAUAAGCUCACUUCAGUGGUUCUCGAGAUGGCUAGCCCCGGAGAGCCUGUGCUGUGGAGUCUUUAUGUCUACAUUCCCAACAGAGAAGCACCAAUCUUCUUCACAGUCGCAUAUGGUCUCUCGGCUGUCUUCCACAUCUGGCAGUGCUAUCACAACAAAGCAUGGCGUUUGGUCUGGUUACAUCCGGCCUGCGCUGUCCUGUUCACAUUGGGAUAUGCGCUCAGGGAAUAUUCGGCCAUGGACAACUACCUGUAUAGCACGACUGACAAGAUGCCGCUGAUUGUCUUCAUCCUGAGUCAAGUUUUUAUCUACGUCUGCCCCCCACUCCUAGAACUAGCCAACUAUCACGUCCUCGCACGCGUGUUCUACUACGUCCCCUACUACGCUCCCAUCGCUCCAGGCCGCGUUCUCGGAAUCUUUGGUGGCCUGAUGGCCGUCGUCGAAGCUCUCAACGCUAUAGGGGUAGCCCUGACCGCGAAUACGUCCUCGUCCGCCCAGACACAGUCGCUUGGAAAGAACUUGACCGUUGCCGCCAUCUCGAUACAGGUAGCCGUCAUUGUUGUGUUCGUCAUAGCCGCGAGCGCAUUCCACUGGCGGUACUCAAAGGCUGGGUUCAACGCCAAGGAGGUCAGCACGGUUCUGUACACGCUGUACGCGAGCAUGGCGCUGAUCUUUGCGCGCUGCGUGUUUCGACUUGUUGAGCACUCCGGCAAUACUCAUGUGGAUCUCAAUGACAUGGAGGUGCUCAGGAAACUUAGUCCGCUCCUGCGGUAUGAGUCGUUUUUCUACGUCUUUGAGGCAACACUUAUGCUGCUCAACUCUUGGCUGUGGAAUAUCUGGCAUCCGGGCCGCUCGCUCCCGAGGGAUUACCAUGUCUAUCUGGCGCAGGAUGGAACGGAGGUGAUUGGGGAGAGACACGGGGAUGACCGCCCGCUGUUGGCUAAGACGGCACAUGUUCUGACGUUUGGCAUCUUGUUUCGCGACAAAAAGGAGUUGGGGGCGUCUGGCCAUAGGAUGGAGGAUUUGCGUCAGCGAUAGGAUGCCAAGUCCCUAACUUCAGGUUAGAAUGGGGCAGCUGUUUGAAGACGCAACGGUUGGGUUUGACACUUUCAUACAGGAUAGUUGUUUGUAAUACUAAAUGAGACACGGCGCAAAUGUGCUGGAAUGUCUGGGUUAGUUUGAUUCAUGGUCGAGGGAGG